UAGGAAGCUAGCUGCUCAUUUCAGCAUGCAGCAUAGCAGCCAACUGCUAUGUUUGUCUUCGCAGAGAGCAGCCAUGGAGAGCAAUUGUGUAGUGCCAGCUGCUAAGACCGUCCCUAGAAGUAGACGCCUCACAUCGAUACUGUCGCGCAUGGACUCGUCACUUGCUUGGGCAGUGAGGUCGCUUUUGCUGCGACCAUGCGCAUCAGUUCUAUGCAUUCUUUUCCAAAGGAUCCAAUAGCUCCAUUCAACAGCUCUCGGUGGUAGUCUCCGUCCGUUGUUAGCACGGUAUUCCGAACUCACUGUAUACCAUACUCAGUACACCGUAUACUCUACAGCCGUUGCCGUGAAGCUACGCACGUGCUUUCAGUGAAAUCCAUCGCAAUGGCUAACAUUGUGUCGGAGAAUCAUCCGCUUAGCGACACUACAAAUCCUUGGCACUUACCAAUCCGCGCGGAGGGCGAAUUCGUGAACCAUUCCCGAAACCGCCGCGACGAGCCGGCUCAGCAGCGGCACGGCCAACACCGUCGGUCACGGAGUCGAGGUUCCAUUCAAGACCCCCCUUCCCAUCUGGCUUCCCAUUCCGCGGCCCAUUCGAGCCACUCGCAGCGGCCGCCAGCGUCCCGGGCCUCUGCGACCGCCAUCGCGACGGUCCACCAGCCACACCCCUCCGGAGCGAGUCAGGCGGAGGUUCUCCACUGGCUCAAUAACGCGAAUCCGCUGAGACACACAAUGGCGGCGGACGCCGACGUCAACCGUGGUGCUGCCGGGCAUGUGCUACCGAAUAAAGUGAAGAGAACGCGGCCGGCUACGGCUUCUGAGGCGGACAGGCCGUUUUCUCGCGACUAUGGUGGUGGCUCGAGCUCAGCGUCGACCUCGACGGUCGUUCGUCUGAGUUGUAAGCCCGCCAUGAAUCCCGCCGAUAUCUUCUCGCCUAAUAAAGCUGGUCGUCUCGACGCGUUCCUGACAGCUGCUGCAGCCGUGGCCGUUGGAGGCGCUGAAGUCGCACGGCGACAGACGGCAGGCGACAACUCAGCGACACGUCUUGCUUCGCGGCUAUCGCCUCAGACCGGCUCCGUCCGAUCUUGUUCUACCCAGUCCGCUAUCUUAGACAAUACCCACCCGUCCCCGCAAUCCGCGACCGACGAUCAGAGCAGCCCCUACUCCUCCGCCUUCCCGCACUCCAGCUCCGAUGGCUCACAGUCACACCACUCACAAUCACUCCACUCACAAUCACACCAAUCACAGUCACACCUGGUACAAGCACGCUUGCCGCGGUCGCAGACCCAUGCAGAUGAGAAGGUUCCCUCCCUCGGACAAGGGCUGUUCCCCCACUCCCAGUCCGUAUCUUGCGCCGGGCCUCAGAGGCCCCAUAUAAGCACGUCGCCCUCCGAGCUUCGUUAUAUACAGGGCGCGAUACAGUGUCAGUCACCGAGCUCGAGCAAGAGAACCGCGAAGACAAGCAGGAGCAGCAAGAGCUCGAGAAGCAGCAACAGCAACAGCAGCAGCAGCAACACUGAGGGAGGCCCCAUCAAACCCUGCCGAUCUCGCACGGACGGAGACUGCAAGCGCGCUCCCAACAGGAGAUCAGAGAGUGAAUCUCAGCUGUCCGUUCUUCCACAGCCACGAUCUGCACCAGAUCUGCUCGAUCUGGACCGUCCAGAGAGUCCUCUAGAUGCGGCCACCAGUCAGCAGGCGAGUCAGGCGGAGGAGGAACGCCAUCUAGCCGCGAGACCAGUGCAAGAAACGGAUGUGACAGCAUCGAGGCUGAGUGAUGCGGAUGGUGAUGAAUCUGGGGGUUGCUGGAGUGACUGUAACGAGAUGGUGGCCGAGCGAGGGGGGAGCAGGAGACACUCUGCGCGGCCAAAAACGGCUCCUGCGCCCGAGGAAAGGCAGGGAGCGCAAGGAAGGCUCCCCAGACCUAGCAGUUGCGAGGAUAUCAGUGGCCACGUGGCGGAUUCUGAUUGGCUGGCGGAGGGCAAUGCAGGGAGCGAAAAGAUGACACUUUUCAAGCAGAGGUUGAAAGAGUUGAAGGUGAGGAGGCACUCGGAUGAGGGGGUGCUCGGAAACAAGAUGUCCCUGUUCCGACUCCGGCUGAACGCGCUGAGAAUGGGAAACGAGAAAGGCAAUAAGGGGGAUGAAAAAGGGGAGCGGAGCAAGAUGGAGGAAUUCAAGAGACGGAUUGGGGAGCUGAGGGUGGGGCGGGAGAGGGAGGAGGAGAGGAGGCGGAAGGAGAAGGAGAAAAGGAGCAAAAGCAGGGAGAGAGGGAGAGAUAGAGAGACAGGGAGACAUAGAGGUACAGGGAGGGAUAGAGAGGCGGGGAGGGAUGGAGAGAGGAGGCGGAGCAAGAGCAAGAGCUGCGACCAGUCGGAGUAUGCGAGGAUGAUGGCGUGCGAUAUGAGUGAGGGGGAAGUUCAGAUCCGGAUCGACCGAGAGAGCAUGGUUAGGAUCCAAACGCAGGGGAGGAUGGAUGGCGUAGAGGGCAAGGAGGAACGGGAGAGAACUGGAAAGCAGGCAGGGAGGGAGCAGGGCAGAGGGAAGGGGCAGGCAAGGCCAUCAAGGGCUGAGGGUGAUGCUCAGAAGAAAGAGACUCACCACAGUCGGUCCCGGAGCAUGGAUGUCAGCAAGAAGGGCCCGUCGCACCGGAGAGGCGUGAGUAUGGACGUCUCUAUGCAUGGGAGCCCUGCACGGCCCUGUAAUCCUGCUGCUGCUGCGGCUGCUGCUGCCGCUGCUGCUGCUGUGGCUUCUGCGGCUGCUGCUGUCCCUGCUCCUGCAGCUCCUGUGCUGCAAAGUGUCGAGCCCAGGGGGAGACUGACCCAGUCCGCCAGCUUCCACGGCCACGCUGCAGCCUGCACCUCCGCUGCACCUUCAGCUGCUGCUCUCACGCACACACGCACCUUCAAUGGGACGUCCACUGCCACAGCCACUGCAGCAUCCACGGCUGUUAGCAUUGCCGCCACCGCCCCUGCUGCUACUGCUGCGGCUGCUGCUGCUGCUGCUGCGGCUGCUGCUGCUGCUGCUGCUGCUGGUGCUGGUGCUGGUGCAAGCAGGCCCAAGUCGAUCCCCUCUGGCCUUCCUGCCCCUGCUCCCCGUAAACUGGGUGGGGCCCACAGGCGCAGUGCCUCCGACAGCGGGCAGGCUGUGAUUGGUCCAGGCAGGGCGGGCAGGGCGGACGGGGCAGCUGAAGCAAGAGGGUGUGAGCAGGGCGGACGGACAGGGCGGAUGGGCGGGGCGGGCAGGACGGGCGGGCAUGAGCGAGCAAGAGGCUCUCGAGCAUCCUUGGGAAGAGGCUCGAAGAAGUGCUCGCCCGAGAGAGCAGUGGGAGCACAGAGAGGGGUGAGCGGAGUGAGUGGAGUGAGCGGAGCGAGGGCAGCAGGUGGUGGAGCAGCAGGGGAGGGCUCGUCUGAGGGGGGUGCAGCAGAGGGUAGGCGAAGCCGGUUCAGGCGGGUGUUCUGCAUGGACGCCCCCUCUGUGGCGUGCGACUGGUGCAGCGACGGGGAAGACAUGGGAGCACAGUCAGGCGGAGGCUUUUCUGAUGGGGAAGAGGGGGACGAGGAGGACGGGGAUGAUGCGGCCACGGUUUCAUGCAUGGGAGCCAGCCAACACAACCUUGAUCCCCACCAGAACCAGCACCAGCACCAGCUACAGCACCAGCACCAUGAAGGCGAUGCAAGUGCCACAUCGCCUGGUUCUAGCCACCACUCUGCAGCCCAUGCUCGUUCUCGCUCCUUCUCCGCGCGAGGGUCCUUGGAGUCACUGGAAAGAGCGUCUGUGGGCCGUGCUUCGUCGCGGCCCAGCACUGCACAGAGCGGCAGACGUCCCUCCACUGCUUCGUCUGCCAGUGCUGCUGCUGCUGAAGGCGCCAGUGCUUCCCAGCUGCGGCGCAUUGCAUCCCAGCAGGCACAUCCGCCAUGCUCGGCCUUGGAGGCAGGUAAGGUGCGGCGGGUGGCGACACAGCAUGGGGGCGAGGCGACCGUCGUGCCCCAUAGGCAUGCCAGCACGGGCCAUAAGGGCAGUGCAGUCAUCCACAUACCGCGCUCACUCACCCAGCAGCACCCACCGGCCCCGGUUAACCUACGUCCUGAGGCGAGUCAGGGUACAGGUAAGAGGGAGGAUGCUCCCAUCCGCCUGCCACGAUCCCUGACCCAGCAGCAACCUCAGCACUCCCAUGCUCUUAGAUCAGCUGGUGUCGACUUGGAUGCACGCGAUUUUCGUCGAGCCAGGUCCCAGCAGCAACCAGCCGCCGUAGUGGCGCCGCCGCAGCAGCAGCAGCAGCAGCAGCAGGGAGCGGCGCAGAAAGGAGAGGGGGGAGCGGCUGACAAGCUGUUUGCGAUGCUGGAUGCCUUGGCCAAGGAGCGGCCGCAGGACCUGGCGAAGCUGCAGCAGGUGGUGGCUCUUCAUGGGCUGGAGCAGGCAGAGCGAGGGGGGAGGCGAGGGGGAAGGGGGGAGGAGAGUGAGGAGGAAGAGGAGGAGGAGGAUGGGGAGCAGGCAGGGGAGGGGAUGGGGGAUGGAGGCGUGGAUGUAGAUGAUGGGGAUGAGAGAUGGGACGACGAAGCGGAUGAGUCUGAUGAGGCGAGGAGCUGCGAAGGGAAGAGGGCAGGCAGUCGAAGGAGCAAGGAAAGGGAUGGACCCAGUACGACCCAGACUAGCGCUCGCGACGCUGCUGGCACUGAUGUUGAUGCUGAUGCUGAUGAGAAUGGUGGUGAUGAUAUAUGGGAGAGGGCGCAGGAGGAGGAAGAAGCGGCAGCAGCAAGAACCGACUCCCACCCGAGGCACCACGUCCUAGGCAGGGAAUUCUCCGAUGUAGCAGCCUCGUUUGUUAUUAUAAAGAGGGAGGUGCUGGGGCAGGGCGAGCUGGGCACGGUGAGGAGGUGUGUGGAGGUGGCGUCUGGGGAGGUGUAUGCGUGCAAGACAGUGGAGAAGCGUGGGAUAGUCACGAGGGAGGAUGCGAGGGAUGUGAGGCGCAUGGUGGCAUGCCUGGAGGCUGUCAGGGGCCAUCCGCAUGUGCUUGCACUCAAGGCCAACAUACACGUCGUCACAGGGCUCUGUGCGGGCGGCGAGCUGUUUGAUUUGAUUCGGUGCAACGGGCGGCUGAGCGAGGGCGUGUGUGCGUCGGUGUGCAGAGGAGUGGUGGCGGCGCUGCUGCACUGCCACCGCCAGGGCAUCAUGCACCGCGACGUCAAACCCGAGAACAUUCUGCUCCUGCACCCGCGCUCCCACUCCCCUGUCAAGCUCUCGGAUUUUGGGGUGGCCACUGCGUUCAAGAAAGGCGUCCCCCUGCAUGAUGUUAUGGGCACACGUGAAUACAUGGCACCGGAGGUAAUCAAGGGUGCAUAUGGCCCCGAGGCUGAUGUAUGGAGCGCGGGGGCUGUCCUCUACAUCAUGCUGUGCGGCGCGCCGCCCUUCUGGUCCUCGGCCAAUCACAGCGUGACAGAUGCCAUCCUCAGGAAGCCAGUGACGCUGCGCACAUCGCGGUGGCGAGGGGUGUCGGAGGAGGCAAAGGACCUGGUGGUGAGAAUGCUGGAGAAGGACCCAAGAAGGCGAAUCACGUGCAACCAAGUUCUAGACCACCCUUGGAUUCUUAAAUGGAGGCGAAGCGACAUGGACGGCAAGACGCAUUAGUGCCAUACAUGGAUGUUGGAGAAUAGCAUUUAGGGCAGUGGAGGAUAAGUGCGAGCAUCUAGAUUUCCUAGGUCGUAUGCUACAUCCAUGUUGGGCUUCAUAAAGAAAAGGGGGAAUACAAUGAUGCUCUUAGGUGUAUGUUAUAUCUGUUAGAAAGAGAGAAUGAAUGGACUAGUCUGAG